UAUAUAGAACUUUGCUAUAUAAAUGAACAAAAUGAACAUAAAAAUACAAUCCCAAAACUCUUAUCUCUCCUCCAUGGCUCUCAUUUCCUACUUCAUUCUUCUCACUCUCACUCUCUCUUCUACUAUCCAUGCAAGAGAAAGCCAAUUCUUCAACAAAUUCUCUAACAACAAUCAACAACAACCCUUAAACACCAAUCAAGAACAACCCUUAAACACCAAUCAACAACAACAACAACAACCCUUAAACACCAAUCAACAAGAACAACCCGAGUUCAUCCCACAAACCCAAGACUCCGAUUCAUACGGCCUCUACGGCCACGAAUCCGGCCAGCUUCCACCGUCCGCCACCACCACCACCACCAACAACAACAACAACCUCCCGGACUACUUACCUGAAAACUACAACCCGGUUGCAUACACCACCCCCAUCCACAGCAACACCCAAGAGUACAUCCCUGAUGAAUACAAGGAGUACCCACAAGCCAACAAGUACAACGGUGAAAGCAGAAUGUACAACUCUGAGAAGCAAGGUUUUGAUUUUGAUGAUGCAAGGUUUAUGGAGACUAGGGAAGGUGGUGGCAAUGUGUACAACUCGGAGAAGCAGGUGGAGGACCAAAGGUACAACUCGGAGAUGCAGGGGAUGGGAAGGUAUGGUACACGUGGCAAUGGGAAUAUGUACAACCCUGAGAAGCAGGGUAUGAGUGAUACUAGGUUUUUGGAGAAUGGAAAGUACUAUUACGACAUUAAUAUGGAGAACCCUAAUUCUAAUGCAAACAUGAACAUGAACAUGAACACAAGAGGGUUUGGUUCCAGAAAUGGGUACAACACACAAGGGUAUUAUGGGAAUAAUCAGAACUCAUAUGGUUCUAGGAAUGGAUACAAUACACAAGGGUAUUAUGGGAAUAAUCAGAACUCGUAUGAUAGAUACAAUUACAAUGGAGGGUAUCAGAACCAAGAGUACCGGUUCAAUCCUUGAGGGUAUUUUUGUCUUUUGCGCUUGUUUUUCUAUAUAUAGUUCUUAAUUAUGGUAUGUUUUAAUUAGGGAAGACAAGGGGCGAAUCAAUUUGUGUCUUGUUCUUGUUUUAUGAUGCAUGGUCGACUUAUGCUUGGAAGAAAGUACUAUGAGCUUUCAAUGUUAUACAUUUAAUUUAUGAACCAACUCAUAAAUAAAGUUUAUGCAUAUUUUCAUGGUUA